AUGCCAUUGUCAAAUGGGGUAUCUGAAGAACAAAAUGGUUGCCUAAGUCAUGUGCAGCUAUUAAUAGAAAAGCUUUCCGAUGGUGAAUUUCAACAAUUAAAAAUUCUAAUUAAUUUUUCUAAAAUAGUUUCUAAAGCUUGGAAAGUUCGUGCUACAGACAAUAUUCUUUGGAAGAAGCAUUGUACAUCCGCCGAUUUUCUUUCAGACAUUCCUAAAUCCUUUAAACAUAACACUUUAGCUACUGAUUACUAUUUCCAGCUUUACAGACAUAAUGUUUUGGUUGAACAGAAUUGGGAGAAUUUUCAUUUCACUCAAAAUGUUUUCCAAGCUCAUAAAGAAGGAAUCACAUGUAUAUCUGGUUCCGAAGAUUUGUUUUAUACCGGAUCUUUUGAUAAAUCUAUUAAAAUCUGGCAACUACCUAGUAAAAAACCUUUAUCUACUUUAGAUUAUCAUUCCGAAGCUGUUCAAUGUUUGGCUUUAGGUAAAUCAAUAUUAGUAUCUGGUAGCUGGGAUAAAACAAUAAUUGUAUACACUAUUGAUAAUAAUUAUUCAAUAAAAUAUAGAUUGCAUGGUCAUCUGGCUGGUAUAAUUUCUUUGACCAUGUUUCCAGAUGAAACUUUAUUAUUUUCUGGUUCAGUAGACAAAAUUAUACGUAUUUGGAAUUUACAAAACGGUGAAUGCUUGCACAGACUUGGUGGAAUUGGAGGAACAGUAGGUACUUUAUCACUGAUUCCCAAAAAUCCUUCUCCUUCUUCAAAUAACAUCAUUGAUCAUAAUGAAGAACAUAGUCAAUAUUAUUUAGUUUCUGGAUCAAAUGACAAUUCAAUUCUAGUUUGGGAUCUCUGUUAUGAUGAUGCUGACAAUGGCAAUGAUACUCAAAAACAAAAAUCAUCAUUGAUCAAAAAUAUAUCAAUUAAAAAACCUCGAAUAAUUAAAAGAUUAGAAGGUCAUACCAGAGCUAUCACUUGCUUGACAUGGUAUAAAGAUACUUUGGAACAACAAAUCGAAUCAUUUGAUCAAGAAAAUUCUUAUUUAGAAGACAACCAUCACAAUAAUUUAGUUCACAUCAAUACAUCAAAAUUUACAAGAUCCAGGUCAGCAUCACCAGGCGGUACCGAUGUUUCUGAAGCUGGUGAUUAUAUGGAUCUAGAUGAUUUGAACUUGACCAAUGAUACUAAUAAUAUUAUUGAUAGCAAUGAUAAUGAACCUCAAAUAGAUAAUGAUAAUUCAAUAGAAGAAAUAGGAACAUCAUCAUCAAAUAUAUUAAGAAAUAAUAAUGUUAAUAAUGAUCCAAAUGUUAUUGAAACAAUUAGAAUUAUUUCAUCAUCUGCCGAUUCUACUAUUCAUAUAUGGGAUUUUAACACAGGUCAAUUAAUUGGCAGUGCAAAAGAUCAUGAUGACAUAGUAUGGGAUCUUCAAUGUAAUUCAUCUAGACUCGUUUCUGUAUCUUCAGAUGGAUUUAUUAAAGUGCGAUCAUGGCAAAACCGCAAUGAUGAUAAUACUAACCCUUCAUCAUCAUCAUCAAACACAAAUAAUUCCAAUCGAAAAAGAAAUUAUCAUUUCACACAAUCUUAUGACCAUGAGAAAAUCCUUUUUGCUCCAGCUGCUGCGCUUGUUGAAGUUGAUUGCGGUAUCAAGUGCCUUUUAAUGACUCGCGAAUGGUUAAUUUGUGGAACGGAAGAUGGAAUUUUAAUUGCUUUAGAAUUUCAAUGGUUUGCAUAUAACAGGUCACCUGCUUAUGAUGUUCUUAAUGACAUUUUAACAACUUUAACAAAUAAUGGACCUAAUUCAGAUCAAUCAAGUUAUUCAAAUUCACCAACUGAUAGAGAGAUUACUGUGGAUGAUUGCAAUGAUCAAAAUGAAAAUGAUUUUGGAAAUUCAUUUCUUUGCAAAUUGUUACCAAUUCAGAUAGAUUGUGAACGUGGUGCUUUUAUAAUUGGCAAUCCAAAAACACCUUCUCUUCUGGUUGCUGAUUUUUCACAAUCAAGUGGUAUAUAUGAUGCUUUUGGAGAACCAAAAAUACAUUUGGAAACUAAUUUAGAUUAUAAAGAAACAAAUUUAGACACAGGUGCUCGUAUGGAAGAAGAAAAUAUAAUAAAUGUUAAUUCACCUGAUGACACCAUUAAUGGGGAGUAUGCAAAAGAACAAAACAUCCUUGAAUGUUUAGGACUAGAAUUAAAUUAUUAUGCUGAUGUUGCUGGAAAAGUUCCUUCUAAUCCAAUACCAAUAACAGAUAAUGAAGAAAUGGAUAUAGGAAAUGGAGAUGUAUCACCAGAAUGGGGUGCUGAACUUGUUUUUUCAGGUGCACAAUUAGCUUAUGGUCCUUGGGCAGAUCGUCAAAGAGCAUUUCUUCAAAAUUUUUUCUUUCCACCUUUAUACCGUAAUACUGAGCAUACAAAAAGAUUAAAAUUUGGUGACACUAGAUUACAUACUUCAUUAAAGAUUCAAAUUCAAUUUGAUUGCCCAUUCACUUUUAAAGUUCCAUUUAAAGAAAAUUCAAAGGAUUGGAAGUAUUCACAAAAUAAUAUAAUAUUUCAAGGUUUUAAUGGAUCAAGACCAUGUGGUUGGUUAGAAUUUAAAGUUGAUAAAAAUGCAAUAAUUAAUAUAACAUUGCCAAUGGUGUAUCCAAAGGAAGGGUAUUCUAAUAAGGUUAAAAUAUUGCUUGAGGAAAUUAAAGUGAAAACAAGUGUUAAUCGUCAUUCACAAUUGAUCUAUGCAAAACAAUGCAAGUGCAAUUUGCCAAGUCCUUUAGCUUGGAAUGAAGCACGCAUAUGGUCAUUUGAUAUUCAUUUUUUGGAUGCACAAAUAUUUCUAUUGAGAGAUUACAUAACACUUAUUCAAGAUUUAAUAAAGGAUUGGACAUCUGGUCCUUCACCUGAUCAAUUACAUUUUAUCCCAAUGAAAUAUCAACUAAAUCCUCAUUUCACUAAUUUUAGAUUGUACCUUUAUGUAAAUGAGAAUAAUAUUAUAGAUGAUCCAGCUGAUAUUGAUGAUAAUUCUUUUAUAAUUAUAGAAGGAUCACAAUUAGCAUCAAAUGUAGUAAUUCCUUUAUUACGAUAUAAUGAGUUAAUUACAAAAAUAAUUUUUGGUUUAGAGGUAACAAAGGCUACAACCACUACAUCACCUAAAGUAUCACAAACACUUGGUGCUUUUUUGUCAGAGGAUGCUAAAAAAUUUGGGCAAGUCAGAUUCUUUACAGUUGAAGGUUCCUACCAAUAUUAUAAUACUGUAGAUCCAAAUCAUGGAAAUGACGUUAGCUUAAAACUAUUUGGUUUUGUAAUUCGAUAUUUUUUAAUUCUUCAAGCAAAUUAUUUUGGAGCAUUUAUAAAUUUCAUGACAUUAGAUGAAUAUAAUGACUCAAAAAAGCAAAAAAAUCAUUUAGAAUAUAUAAAACCACUAGCAGACCCAUUCGAAGUUUAUAUGGCCAUUAUUAUUGAAAAUGGUACUUUAUAUCUUCCAGAGAAUUUAUAUGACGCUCAAAAGAAAUCGGUAAUACAAUUUCAUGAAUUACAACUUGAUUUAAGAAAUUUAGAUAUUUAUAUGGAUUUAAACAUAUAUGCUCAUCGAUUAUUUGGACCGUUACCAGAAACAGCAACAUAUGUUUGUAACUGGGAUAUAAACAUUGACACUAUAUCUGGACAAUUAAAACCAUCGUUUUUAAUAAGUGCUGGCUCAUUUGCAGAAUCAUUUGUUUAUCAUUAUAUUGAUGAUGAAAAUGCGCUGCCUGCCGAGUUUGCGGCUCCUUUGUAUCCAGAUGUGGUUUUUGUAGAUUUUAUCGUAAAAGAAAUUGAUGUCUCCAUUUGGUGUCGUGAUAGUAGAACCCAAAUACUUCUAGAGGAAGGUCUUAACGUUAAAUUUGAUGAUUUGGCAAAUGAAAAAUUCCUUCAAAGAACUGUCGUUAACCUGCCAGAUUUAGUAAUUAGAAGUUUGGCAAUGUCAUCAUCAUCGUCUUCUUCAUUAGCUGCUGCAGCUGCACAUGAUAUUAACAAAGAAACGGAAACUCAUCCUUGGGUAGAAGUUGCAAGUCUCGAGUGUGCUUUUGACGUGACUAUAUUUCGUACCACGUCCGGUUGGAAACAAAAACUUGAAAGUCAGCAGUCUUUCAUCAAAGAGCAGGAUAAAGAAACGCUUAGAGUACCAUUUCUUUAUGAAAACAGUCCUGAUAAUUAUGAAGAUCUAUUGGAGAAAAAUGGACGUCAUUUUGGUUCUUUAUAUGUUCCACCUAUGCCAAGUCCAUUAACAGAUGAAAAUGAUAUAGGUUCUUUGCUUUACAAUGAAAGUACCAAUUCAUCAAUGAUAGAUUUAUCUGAAAAUCAAAAUAGAAAUGAUAAACUAGCUUCUUUUAAGAAUUAUGGUUUUUUAGGUCAUGUAGGGGAUGAUGACGAUGAUUCAAAUGAUGGAAUGGACAGUGAUAGUUCAUCAAUAAAUGAUGACGAUAGUACAAGAAAUAAUGAAAUUGAAGCACAAAAUUCAGCAAGUGAUCUAAUCGAUGAUAAAUCUACACCAAUAAAACGAUCUAUUCCUUAUGGUAAUUAUCUUAGGAGGUUUAGGUUAACCUCAAAACAACCUCCUCCUUCUUCACUCACCAGUUCAUAUUUAAGACCUUCCCAAUUACUAUUUAUUCCAGCUAAGGAAACAGGGUUCAUAUCAAACGAUGAAAUUAUUGAUCACAAUUUCAAAAUUUCGUCAUUUUCAAGAAUUCUAAAUGAAAAUAACAAUAAAUAUGAUAAAUUUUUUAAUGAUGAUGAUGAUGAAAUUUUAAUAAAUGAAUCACAAUCAUCGCAAUUACAACCCAUGUCUCCUAUUACCACAACCACCAACGCGCAAAAGGCAACAGAAGAAAAAACAACUAUUGUUUUCGAAACUAUAAAACCAAUUAAAGUUCUUUUAACACCAAUUUUUUUAAAAAUUGUAGAGGAAUUUUUGGAAGAUGUUAAAGAUCAGAAUUGGGAUAUUGAAGCAAUGCUUGAUGUGAUGCAGAUGCAUUAUAUUGGUGAACUUACUCGUCUAUUUCCAUUUAAAUAUAAGACAAUUUCGUUCGCCAUCUCAAUUCCACAAGUUUAUCUACAAUUUAUUCAAGAUGUUCUUUUACCAGGCGAUUUGACUAACGCUAACGAUGAACAUCCAGGAAUUCGAACCAGAUAUGAUAUAAGUGACACGACCUUAUGUGCAAUGGCAGAAAUUAUUUUAGUUCAGACAUUGUUAACUGGCUUGGGAAAACCAAAACAAUCAUUAGAAAUUAUAGAGUCGAGAGCCAAUCUAGACUUUGAUUCUUUGAAACUUAAUGUGAUAUUUGUUGCUGAACCCAAUCGUUUCCGGAUAUUUGGAAUUCCUAAUUCAAUGUACCACUUCAAAAAUACAAGUUUCUCACCAACAAGCUCUUUAGGCAAUGAAACAGUUGUGUUGGAUCUUGUGUUGGAUCUUGUCUUGGAAAAAUUAAAGAUAAAAUGGAUAGGGUGUAUGCAACCAAACUAUUUUUCAUCUGAUCUUACGAAGUUAAGUGGCCUAUGUAUCAAACAAUCUCCAGAAAUUUUAAUUGGUGCAAUUUACUGGUGGUUAGUAUUUGCAGAAGAUUUGACCAAUCUAUUAGACAAGUUCAAAUCGCACAGAACGAAAAAAUUACAGUCUCUUAUUUAUGAGAUUGCAAGAUUUUCAGAUUCUGCCAGUGUUGAUAGUGAUCCAUUUUACCUGACAUGUACAUUAAGCACUUUUCGACUAGGAACAAAUAAUCUCAAGUGCGAUGAUGGAUGGAAAAUUUUAGGUCGUGUUAGACAUUGUAAAAGAAAUAUGCCUGAUAAGUUGGUAGAUCAAUUACAAAAUAGGUUGAAUUCUGGUAAUGAUAAUAAUUUUCAGUUCAUGACGGAUUCAUUAGAGAUGUUCAAAUACGUUACAGGCAUUUUUUCAAAAUGUAAACAUUGGAAAAUUGAGAAUUUAUCUGAAUGCCAAUUAUUUACCAAUCUCUACAAAGUGAUAGUAACUGAAAAUUCUGAUAAUAAUAAUCUUAUUAAUCAAAUCCAAAAAUUUCUAACCAGUUCAACAAAUCAAGCUAAAUUAAGAAUUGGCAAUAUUAAAUUAUCGAUUCUGGAAGGUGAACUCGAGAAUUAUAUUGAUAUUGGAUCUAUAAUGUUUUAUUUCCAAAGUUUAUAUCAUAAAGAUGUUACCACACCAUCACCACAGCCUCUUUCUGCUGAAAUGUUUGAUCAAGAAUCACCUCAUAAUUCAAAUAAUAAUUUGUUGUCCACCAGUUACUUGUAUAUUUUCUUUAGAUUCGAAGUGGAUUGCAUUCGUGUAGACGUGAAUCCUGAUAUGCUUGCAUUUGUAAAACAUUGGCUAAAGGUACAUAGAGUAUUUGCCUCAAAGUUUGAGACUUUAUCAAACAAGGGUAAACCGCCUAAUUUUGAAAAUAAUGCAACAAAAACAUCACCAUCAUCUAUAUCCAAAUACAAAUCUGCUACACCUGCUAAUACUGUCAGCAGUAAUAAUUUACAUGAGAUUAAAAUGGCAAAAGGAAAAGAAAAUAAAUCCAAAGAUACACGUCCAGAAACAUCAUCUACAUCGCUUGAUUUUAAAAAUUUGUUUACAAUACUCAAUUUAUCUAUGCACAAUACUAUCUCCUUUAAAACAAUCACAAUCACUGCCUCAGCACAAAAAUUAAUAGCUCAAACAAAAUUAUCAAAUAUUCAUCUGUCAGCUUGGUUGAAUAGUCCAUCUCAUGCACUUGACAAAAUUGAUGGAGAAAUUGAUUCGCUUAAUAAAAGUACGUCACAGUCUGGUUCAAAAGGAAGUAAUAGCCGUGUUUCAAAUAGUUUGAUUAUUUCGGCCAUUGGUGGUAUUGGUAAUAUUUCCAAUAACAUCUUUGAAAAAAAUUACUCAACCUCUACAGGCUACCACAAUACGUUGCUGUCCAUAGAACUUUCAGGUAUUAGCAUGAAUGUUGUACUGAGCUUGGCAACCUUUGGACGACCAAAAAGUAAAAUUGAUCUUGAACCACGUAAAGUCUUGAAUAUUCUAAUAACACUUCAAAAUAUUUCUUUUAAACUUCCACAAAGUCUUCUCAAACUUUAUAAUUUUGUUGAAGAAUGGAGAACUGAAAAUCUUCCAAGCUAUGACUUUCUAUAUAAAGGAGUUUUGGGUGAAUUGGAUGAGCAAAAGAAAAUGAUUUCAAAACAUCCCAAAAAUCAUGAAAACCAUGAAUCCCGUACUUUUGAAAAAAACAUGCUUACAAAAAACAUAUUGGAAAUUAAACUUCAAAUCCUCUUAAAAAAAUUUUCAAUUCAAACUCAUAUGUUACCAUCACUCAGAUUUCAAUACGAUGCAUCUGAUUUAUUACUUGUCUUGGAACAAAAUAAUUUUAUUCAUGGUGAUAGUAUAAUCAAUUAUUCAGGACAAUUAUCAAACCAAGAGAUUAGAUUCAUCACUAGGAAUAAGAACAAAGGCAAAUCAACAUCUGAAAAACCCAUUAAUGAAGAAAGGGAUGCCGAUCAUAAAAAAGCAGCAUUUACUAUACCGGAAAUUAAAGCAAUUGGUAAAUUGAAAACUUGCGAACCUCAAAAAUCAACAGCUCUCAAUAAAAAAGUUGGUUCUACUACUGCAGUUGCUGGUAUUACUUCUUCAAUUGACAAGAAAUAUUCAAAAUUAGAAUCAGCCAUCACUUUAGAUUUAGUCAAAUUGAGCCUGAAUGUAAAUAUUAUUGAUAAUUUGUUAACUGCUCAUUCACUUCUUGGUAGUGAGUUGAAUGAUGUAUUGGAUGUGUUUUUAUUUUCUUCUAAAAGACUUAAAGAGAAAUCUUCGAAAGUUAGUAGUAAUUUGUCAACAACAACAGAGUCAUCGUCAUCCACAAUCAACAUAUCAAGUAAUGAAAAAGAUUCUUUACAAUAUAAUUUCGAAAUAUCUUUACGAGGAUUGAAAAUAUCAGCAGCAAGUCCUACAGCUGUUGUGUUUUUUGAAACAAAUGUUCUAAACGGAUCAAUAAAAAAUGUGCCUGUUGGAGAUGGGUUAACAAAAGUGGAAUGGAAAUUUUCUGCUCAAAAUUUUUCUCUGUCACUUAAUCACAAUUCUGGUGCAAUUAGUAAAGUAAUAGCAGAUGAUGAUAUUCGUAAAUAUAGGAUUGCUUAUAUUUCAAUUGAUCUUACCUUACAAAACCAUAAACAGAAUGAACUAAAUACAAAAAAGAAUCAUAUAUUUGCACCAGAUGAUUCGUCUGAAAUCGUUGAAUCAUAUUUUUUGAAGUUGUUGAAAGUACACGCAGUAAUGCAACCAGUUGCUUUGGGUCGCCUUAUUGAUUUGUAUUUGUAUUACAGCGGCGAGUUGACACGAAGAAAAGAACUAAAAGAGUCAGAUAUAAAUAAAUUGGCGGAAAACACUCGUAAACUAUUACAAUCGCUCGAAGUUGAAAUGCCAAAAUAUAAAGCAACUAGCAAAUCUUUGUUAAAUGAGAAAGUCUUAUCACUUGAGGUCAAUAAAUUUGCAAUUGCACUUCCGCUUGAUCUGCACGAAGAGUUAAUGGCAACAGCAGUUGAAAACUCUAGUGAUGUUCCAACUAAAUCACAAGUUCCAGCAUUUCUUCUUACAGCAACAUCAAUGAAGUUUAUUACAAGAAAAUGGAAAACAAGUAAUGCAACAUUAAAUGAUCUUUGUAUUCAAUUUGUUUCAGAAUUUGAUCAAGGAAACGAAAACCUUUUCAAUUCUCGUGCCAAAAUGAACCGAAUUUAUAUUCCCGAAAUAUCAUGUGAAGUGCAAAUGAUUGGAAGCGUUGACAAGAAACAAAUUGGUGUUGAUUCACGUGUUGAAGGAUUUGAAGUAGAUGUUAGUGGCAACAUUGUUAAUUAUGUCAACAAGUUGGGUGAAAUCUAUGCAGAUAGUAAAGAAAGGUUAGAAACUUUUACUGCAGAAGCAAAUUUAAAUUUAGGGUCUCAAUCUAAAUCUGUCCAGGAGAUAAAAAAUGGAAAUCCAUCAUCAAUUAACAAUAAUUCAACAACACCAAAUGUAAUAAAUUUAAUAUUGUAUGCAAAGUUUAUUGCUAAAAGUGGAAUAAUAAAACUAUAUCCAAAAAAUUAUGUCAAAAAAAAUCAUUCAAGAAAUAAUACAUUUUCAAAGAAAGUCGCAAGAUCAUCACAUGAUUCACGUGGAAGUGCAGCUUCUCUUCCUCGAUUAAAUUUGGAUGGGAUUGGUGGUUAUUCACAAUCUAAUUUAGAUGAUAUUUCAAGAAAAGGUGAACAAGGUGUUGAUACAAUAAUUAUACCGGGGCUUAGUUUGAAUACAAUGUAUCAGGCUAUUAUUGGUCAAAUAGUUCAAAAGGCUAACGAUUCACCAAAGAAAAGAAUACAUAUAGAAUUGGUAAUACAUCCGAGCGAAAAUAUAUUAUACCCAUCACUAGUAUUAUUCUUCAAGGAUAUAAUAGACGGUUUAAAAAUUGGUGUACAACAUUCUAGUGACAAAAAAGCAAUUGCGAUACAAGAUAGCACCUUACCGAUACAAGGCUUGAACAUAACGUUUUAUUUUAGACUUUCUCAUACCACAUUUAAUCUUAGUUGCAAGCCUACUUCAAAAGUAUUUUGUUUACUGAAUUGGGAAGAAGGAACUUUUUUGAUAUCAUCUAAUACUGUUGAAGAAGGUCAAAGUAUAACAUGUAUUGGUAAAAUUAAGGGAGCCUCUGGAAAUAUUCGACACACCUUUUCACCUGAAGAUUGUGUUAGAGCUGAAACGAAAGAUAUUUCAUUUAGUGCAACUUUGAUGAGUAGACGAUCUGAAAAUAUUAAUGAUGAUUUUAUUUCGAUUAUUGUAGAAUUUCCUAGAAUUAUGGCCGAGUUGAACAUCAGACAUCUUCAAGACUUAAUGCUGCUCAAAACGAUAUGCGAUUUAGGUCAAGCAAUUGGCAAAGUUGAUUUUAAUUCUAAUAACAUCCAAAUGAGAACUAAAAAUAUACCAGGGAAAUUAAAAAAAUUCAUGAUAUCAACAGAUACUCUUGAUAUCAAUUGUGAAGGUCGUCUUGUAGGUACUGUAAAUAUGAGUGGAUUUAGUUUCCUAACACAAUUAGGAAUACCACCACAAUCAAUAGAUGAUGAACCUACCCCAGUUACAAAUCUGUUUUUUAGAACUGAACGUCUUCAAUCCUUGUUGGAAUAUGAGUAUCAAAAAAUACUAAUAUUAGAAAUAGAUCCUAUACAAUUUCAACUAACAGAUAAUUGGGAUAUCAAAUCUUUUGAAACUGCGAAUGUAUUGAUUCAUGCAGAUGUAAAGCUACAACAAAUUCAAGCUAUACUUGCAAUAAAAACAGUGCCUAUAUUUCUUCGUAUGGGCAAUAGACUUUUAGCAUUGGUUGAAGAAAAAAGAUUGGCAGCUGCCAACGUAAUAUCUGAUUUGGAACAAACCAAACAUCUUAAUCCCACAAAUAAUAAUAUUACACAAAUAACAAGUGUUGCUACUCCAGAGAAAUCAAUUAAUAAAGUAGCAACAAAAAAUAAACAACAACAACAAUUGACAUUCAAAGAUUUGUCCAUUGGAGGAUUAUCGAUUAAACCUACUGGAAAAAUUUCAAUUUUCAUAGAAAAAGCUCAUAUAACAAUAUAUCCGAAUCAUUUUCAUGAUUCUGGUUGUGUUCAAACAAGUUUUGAUAAACUUUCAGUGGAUAUGAAAAGAUCAAUAGACAAUGACGAAAGGAUUAAUAGAUUCCUUGAUAUGAAAAUUAAUGGCAUUGCUUUAUUAAAAAGUACAUGUAAAAAAUUAAAAAUUACAGAUGAAAAAGAAUUUUCAUUUCAAAAAUGGUUUGAGCAUGUUGAAGCAGCAUCCAACAAAAAUAUUUUUACUUUACCUAGUACACAUCUAACAAUGGAUACUAUACAAGGAAUAGAAAGUAAUGUUGUAGAUCACAAAUUUUCAGUAGAUUUUAGUGGAAAGGUUAACGUUGCUUUAAAUUUUGGACUAAUUAGAUAUUUACAGGAAUUGAAAGCACUAUACAAAGAACAAAUAAAGAAAAAUCAUGUUGGAGUUUAUGAUUUUCCUCGAUCACCAAUUAUAUCACCAGUAAAUACAUCAUCAUCAGACAACACCUUUACAAAUAUUGAUCAACAACAACUAUUAAUGCCAUCAUCAACAACUAAUGAUAAAUCAGAGAUUCAAUUCAAUCCUAUAAAACCUGUAAAAUUAGAGCCACAAUUAUUUAUUUUAGGUGAUGCAACGCCACCAUUAGAAUGGGUUGGUGUUCAACGAGCAAAAAUUCCAGGUUUGGUUCAUACCACUAUAACAAUGAAUUUAGAUGAGAUCAUAAAUCAAAUCACCAAUGAAUCUUUUAAAGCAGCACAAGCAUUACUAUAG